UCAAUUCAAUAUUCUUACACUUACAGUAUCGCUGCAUGGUUACACAUUGCCGCCGUAUUACGCCUCUACGCCUGUUCUUGGCCAAGUGGCAAUGUGUUAAUGUUGCUCAACUCGCAACAUAAAGUUUCGGAUUUCAAAGCCUGAUCGACUCGGCCCAUCGGCAUUCUCUCGGGCGUUAAUAAAAUGAGUAUACAACGUUGUGGGUGGUCGUCUUCUGGAGAAACCAGGCUUCGUCAUGAAAAUAUGCCAGUCCCCCCCUACUGGUUCAGGAUCGCAAAUGGAGUUGAGCGCGCCGCUCAAAAAGAAACUCGGACGGCGAGUUGCACGUCCGUAAUUCAAGGACGGCUUGGCCGCUCGUUCGACAACUCAUUCCUUUUAAUCUUCGUGAACAACAAGUUGCGUUGAAUAUAAUUCAAAGGCACGACGCUGUGCUGCUCGGAGUUAAAAUGAACGUGGUGGAUUAAUGCACGGCCCCCCUGCGCUCUCAGUCUUCCUUGCGUCGCUUGCACGACGGCGCCCAUUUAUCCGUGCUGUUGAUAUUCAUUUAUCCGUGCUGUUAUUCAACAGCACGGAUAAAUGGGGGGCUGCCACCUGUUGUUUUUUUUGUUGCAGGGAUCAUUCUCAUUUUGAGAGAAAGCAACCUGAGAAGGCCGCGAGACUAUUCUACGAAUGGCUUGGGCGGCAACACUUAAACACCUUCCCAGGAGAUUCUGGGCACCCCUCCGAGCGUCUCUGCAGUCCGUUUUGCUGGACUGUCCCGUGGAAAGUGGCUUCUCUUAUUCACGGUGCCAAACCGUCCGUGGAUAUCGCGUGUCGGCGCGGGCUCUGGCCGGCCACAACAAGUGGUCCAAAGUGAAGAACAUCAAGGGCCCUAAGGACACUGCGAGGUCAUUGGAGUUCAGCAAGUUGGGCAUCAUGAUCCGCCAUGCGGUGAAGGAGGGUGGACCAAACCCAGACAUGAACUCAGCACUGGCCAGCCUGCUUGAAGUUUGCCGUUCCAAAAACAUGCCCAAAGCCACCUACGAGACGGCUAUCAAGGGUGCGGACAAGAGCAAGCCUCUGACAAUCAUUAAUUUUGGGGUGCGUGGACCAGGAGGCUUCGCACUGUUAGUGGAGACUUGCACAGACAAUUACAAAAGAACCAACAGCGAUAUCCGCAACCUUGUGAACAAAAAUGGUGGGUCAUUAUUUGAAGGGGCAAAGAAUAGCUUUGAGCAGAGGGGAGUGGUGACGAUUCGGAAGGACAGUGACAGGAAGAACUUGGGUCUAGAGGAGGCACUGGAACUGGCAAUCGAAGUGGGAGCCGAAGAUGUCCGUGAGCAGAUCAGCGAAGAUGAUCCAGUCAACCUCCAGUUCGUAUGCGCAGUGCAGUCACUGCGCGAGGUACGUGAACGCCUGAUGUCCCUUGGCUUUACUCCGCUCUCCUCGGCGCUGGAGUUCAUACCGGUGCGGACUGUGGAGUUGAAGAGCGAGGAGAUGGAUGUGGCAGCACACCUCGUGCACCUCAUGGAGAGUUUGCCCGAUGUCGUGCGAGUCUACGACAAUGUCAUUGCCAUCGACAGCUGAGACCAGCGUUCCUGCUCAAACCCUGCCAUUUCACCUUGGACACUUGAAGACCUUCACUCUUAUUUUAAUUCUGCCAACCUCUGCUUUUUUUUUCCUUGAUAAAGAAACAUCAGUCCAGCUACAAUAAUUGCACUGCACCAACCUGUGUCCAAAUGUUAUAUAUAUAUUGUUUUAAGGAUUUUGAAUAUGGUGAGUGUAAUACUAUUGCUGCAAUAAACAAAACAAAUGAAACGUU